AUGAACACAUACCUCCUCAACCGCCAGUUGGGCUCCAUCAGCCCACUGGCGCUGGCUAGUGCGCAGAAUAACAGGCUGUUGCAGGCAUUAGCGCCAGCAACAGACAUCAACUUUGCCCUUCAGCUGCCGAAUACUACUGGCCCGCGAAAUACGAGUGGGACCAAGGAUGUUGCACAUGCUUCGGGUGUCAGCAGCAUUGCAAUCGAUAGAUUUGAGGGCAGAUACUUGAUCUCGGCAGGAGCAGACUCGUCCCUAGCUGUAUGGGACCUCGAAUCAGGAACGACGGGUCCCAAUGGCUCGACGACAUAUGUCCCACUCGAUAAUAAAGCCAGGACAUCCACGACGCAAAGUCUUGGCAUCACCCAUGUCUCGUUCUACCCGUUCGACAGCCUAGCGCUAUUGACCAGUGGCUACGACCACACCCUGAGGCUGUUCUCAUCAGAGACUCUGGAAGCGUCGGCGUCCUUCGACAUCGGCUCCAUAGUCUACUCCCAUGCCACAUCGACCAUCGCCUCAUCACAUCUUCUCGUAGCAUGUGCGUCUCAGCACCCAGCAGUCCGUCUGGUAGACCUGCAGUCCGGAGCCAGUACGCAUUCCCUCGCAGGCCACUCUGGAUCAGUCUUGACCGUAGCUUGGCACCCGAAGAACGAGCAUAUCCUGGCUAGCGGAGCUACUGAUGGUGUGGUGCGCCUUUGGGAUGUUCGUCGAAGCGCCAGCUCUCUCGGUGUCCUGGACAUGGACGACAGUAUCGGCAUCGCAGGAUACGACGGAAAGGGCACAGGAGCUCGAAGACGUGAACGCGGCAAGUCCCAUACCGGAGCCGUUAAUGGCGUCGUCUGGACUGAGGAUGGGCAAUACCUUCUAUCAAAUGGCCACGACGAGCGCAUGAGAGUGUGGGACAUGAUCGGCGGCGCCAACACUCUUGCAAACUUCGGACCCGGACUCAAGAACGCCACCACCACAGUCGUGCUCCCUCUGAUCGCACCCAGCCACCUCUCAGGAACCGGCAAGGAAACAAUCUUCUACCCCAACCCCAAAGAGAUCGUGUCCUUCGACAUGCACUCAGGCACAGCGCUGAAUCGUCUUCGAGUCCGCGGCCUCCCAGGCUCACAGAAGGCCGCCGACACGAACGUUCGCGAUCCAAAGAACAGAACGACCUCCCUAGCAUGGCGAGCCCAUAACAUCGAACUCUACUCCGCUCACGGCGACGGUACGAUUCGGUGCUGGAAACCACGCACCGAGGAAGACAUCCUCGCCGAUAAAGAAGAGUCCAACGAUCCAAUCGCAGACAUUGACGCCGCAGAGCGGAAACGCAAACGCGAGGCGUUCGGUGACAUUGUCAGGGACUUGACGUCGAAGAAAAUAACAUUCUCAUGA